AUAUAUCCCGGAGCUCGCCCAAGAUAUAACCCAGAGCUCGCCCAAGAUAUAUCCCAGAGCUCGUCAAAGAUAUAUCCCAGAGCUCGCCCAAUAUAUAUCCCAGAGCUCGCCCAAGAUAUAUCCUGGAACUCGACCAAGAUAUCCUGUAACUCACCCAAGAUAUAUCCCAGAGCUCGCCCAAGAUAUAUCCUGGAACUCGCCCAAGAUAUCCCGUAGCUCACACAAGAUAUAUCCCAGAGCUCGCCCUAGAUAUCCC